AUGUUCUAUCUAUGGUUACUUGCCAUAAAAUUGAUAUGCUUUUUCCCCUUUGCUUAUACAGAACCACUUGAUUAUAGAUAUGCUUGUGUCGACAAAUCUUCUGUUCCUCCCUCAAGCACAUACCAAACCAACCUCAACAAUUUGCUAUCGGUAUUAACAUCAGAUUCUGCUAUCAGCAAUGGUUUUGGUAACAGAACUUCAGGUAAUGAUCUAAAUGAUAUGGUUUAUGGACUAUACUUCUGUCGUGGGGAUGCGAACGCUACCCUUUGCAAUUCAUGCAUUCAAUAUUCCAGCAAAUUGAUAAAGAAGGUAUGCCCGAAUAAUGCAUCAGCUAUUUUUUGGUGUCCCUUUUGUCUUCUGAGGUACUCAAACAAGAAUUUCUUCGGCAAAUUAGCUGUAAGACCGAGGAUUCCUAUGUUUGAUAAAACACAGAAUUUUACUAGUGUCGGUGAAUUUGAUAGUGAUGCAAGGAUUUUGAUGAAUGGUUUGAUACAAAUGGGAUCUCAAACACCUUUAAUGUUCGGUACACAUAUGUUUAACAUAAAUGGUACUCAAAGAAGGUAUGGUUGGGUGCAAUGCAACAGAGAUAUUACUCGAGAGGAAUGUAGAACUUGUUUGAGUAAUAUGCUCGACGAUGUUGAAAAUUGUUGUAUGCAGAAGCGAGUGUGGCGUGUAUUUUCGCCGAGUUGUGUUAUUAUGUAUGAAACUCAGCCAUUCCUUUUGAAAGGUAUACCAGAUGACGCGCUAGGAUCUCAGAAAGCCAAAGAAAGGGGUGAAACAAGGUCAUUGAUUCAAAUAAUAAUCAUUGUUGUAACCGCAACAAUAGCGGUAGCGUUAUUGGCUUUCAGCAGAUACUAUUACAGGAGCUUAGAACGGAAAAAAGAUGAAAAAGAGAUGCAAAUCCUUGAUGCAAUGUUUUCUCAAGAUCAGAGUAACAAUGAGGAGAAUGUGAAUACUGACCUACCUAUGAUGCCUCUAAGUACUAUUCUAAAAAGUACUAAUAAUUUUUCUGAUAAAUGUAAAUUGGGGGAAGGUGGAUUUGGAACUGUCUACAAGGGUGUUUUAGCAGAUGGAAGGGAAAUUGCUGUUAAAAGACUUUCGAAAACUUCGGUACAGGGCGUGGAGGAAUUCAAGAAUGAAGUAAUGCUGAUUGCCAAAUUGCAGCAUCGAAACCUUGUGAGACUAUUGGCUUGCUGCAUUAAGCAAAAUGAAAAGCUUCUUAUCUAUGAAUACUUGCGUAAUUCAAGCCUUGAUUUCCAGUUACGCGAUACUGUAAAGGGUGCACAGUUGGACUGGAAACAACGACUAAACAUUAUUAAUGGAAUUGCUAAAGGGCUUCUGUAUCUUCAUGAGGACUCUAGACUCAGGGUUAUUCAUAGAGACUUGAAAGCUAGCAAUAUACUGUUAGAUCAUGAAAUGAAUCCAAAAAUCUCAGACUUUGGACUUGCAAGAUCAUUUGGAGGAGACCAGGGGGAAGCAAAUACAGUUAGAGUUGUCGGAACUUAUGGAUACAUGGCUCCAGAAUAUGUUAUCGAAGGCUUGUUUUCCAUAAAGUCAGAUGUUUUCAGCUUUGGUGUUCUUUUGUUGGAGAUCAUCAGUGGACAAAGGAACAACAAAAAAUUCUACCUUUCAGAGCGUGGCCAAAGCCUUCUCACAUAUGCAUGGAACUUAUGGAGUGAAGGAAAAGGUUUAGAAUUGGUGGAUCCGUUGAUAGAAAACUCUUAUGUGCCUAGUGAAGUUUUGAAGUGUAUACAGAUUGGCCUAUUGUGUGUACAAGAUAAUGCAGCUGAUAGACCUACAAUGUCAAGUGUUGUUCACAUGCUCGGAAGCGACAACGUGACUCUUCCCAGUCCUAUAUGUCCAUCUUUUUCUGUUGUAAGGACUACAAGCACAAUUGAAAGAGGGACUUCAUCAAAUGCUUCUACCUCUGUCACUGUCAAUGAAUUAACCCUAUCCGAAGUGAUGCCUAGAUGAUCAAUAUAAAUGGACAUGUUUUGCUUCUUAGCUUUAUACA